CUGCAUGUAUGCACUAUAAAUAGACAUGAAACAUAUACAACCCUCCAUAGUACUACAAACAAAGCUUUCUCACAAGUCAUCUACUGGUUACCUCUUUCCAAAAAGAUGGCCAGAAGUCUCGAGUGUACUCUCACCCUUUUCCUGGUUUUUCUGCUGUUUGGAUCUUCAUUUUUCGAAGCUCGUCCACUAGAUGUUUCUAAGCCUCCAAACAACAUUGAGGAAGCAAUGGAGGAAGUCUUGAAAGGUUCGAAUUUUGAAGUUAGCAAAACUAAAGGCACAACUGCUCGAACCCUAGUGCAGAUUAAGGAGGCUGGCCCGAGCCCUCCGGGACAGGGACAUCAUCAAUCUCCACAUGGACCACCUCCAAGCCCUGGUCAUGGAAAUUGA